UUCCAUAAUUCGUUUUCUCUCUUUCAUUAAUCUUCUUCUCCAGUUUUUUCUUUCUUUCUUUCUCUCUCCUACUUUGCCAUACGUCUCUCUUUUUCUCGUCACGCUUUGAGAAAAAAAGAGAAAAGAGACACUGGUGUAAAACUGCCAUGUAAUAUUUUACACACAUUAUUGAUAUCUGUGUACGUAUAGUUCAGUAGUAGUGAUGUGCUUUCUUUAGAACCCUAGAGUGGGAAAAAGGUUUUCCAAGUGUUGUUCAACUGUCUUGCUUUUCUUGCUGGGCUCACUCUACUUCACCAGAUCUAAACUAUCUUGAGUAGAGAUUCAAGGAAAUAGAUUUUGAGAGACCCUAAAUUGGAAAGAUGGAUCAGUUAUGACCCUGCCGCAGACGACUUUUCAAGCACAAGUAUAUUGAAGCCUGGAUAGUUCUCCCCAAUGGAGGUUUCAAUGGUUCAAUCCAGUGAAGAUCCAGUGGAGAUGCACAGGAAUACUGAGCCCAAACAGUCAGACACCAAAGAUCCACUGACUGAGCCGCAUGCUCUACAGCUAGAGGAAAAACUACCGAUUGAGGGUGUGAAGAAAGCCGGUAAAGUGCUGAAACCCAAUGCCACAACAACACCUAAGAGCACUGGUACUGGUGGGGCUUCUAAGAGAAAAAUAGAAGUGAAGAGUGGUGGAGACUCUAGUUCAAAUGAAGCAAGACCAACAUUGACCAAACCAACCAUGAGUAGUGCCUCGCGCACUUCGGGAUCAGUUCCAGUGACUAGAAGGAGCAGCACUGGUGGUUUACCUGAAAAGCAGCCAAUAAUGAUUACAAAGCGACAGAGUACUGACAUCGGUUUAGCAGCAGGUAAAAGAACCAGUUCUUUAGCCUCAGAACCUCUAAGGAAAUCUCUUCCAGAAAUUCGGAGGACUUCAGCAUCGUUAAUUAGUGCUAAGCCUGCUAUCAGACAGAGUGUUCCAGAAACUCGGAAGUCUGUUCCUAUUUCACCUGUUCCCAAAACUCCGAGAACACCUACCAGUUCUGAUUCGAGCAAGCAAGAUUCGAGUAAGAAGACUUCGCUGAGAUCCUCUCAGUUGUCUGUUUCUUCAGUCAAGAAGAUUUCUUCUCCAUCACUGGAUAGCACUGGAAGUAGUGGUUCCAUUAGAAAGUCGAUUACGAAGGUUAACUCCCUCUCUGCCAGGUCACCCACAGUAUCCAGUGGGUCCAAAUCUGGUAGUUUGUCAACAUCGCUGGACAGAAGUUCCACUCUGACUGGUCGUAAGAAGGUGGGCACUCGAGAAAGUCGGGACUCGCGUCUGAUUAUGCUCCCUCAAGUUGAAGCGAAAGCUGGUGAUGAUGUGAGAUUGGAUCUCCGGGGCCACAAAAUACGCAGUCUCACCAGCAGUGGGCUGAACUUGUCACAAAAUCUAGAGUUUGUUUAUCUCAGAGACAAUCUCCUGUCGACAUUGGAUGGUAUUGAAGUCCUGAAACGGGUGAAGGUUCUUGAUCUGAGUUUCAAUGAUUUCAAAGGACCUGGUUUUGAGCCACUUGAGAAUUGCAAGGCGCUGCAGCAACUUUAUCUCGCUGGAAACCAAAUCACAUCCUUGAAGAGCCUUCCCGAGCUUCCUAACUUAGAGUUCCUCUCUGUUGCUCAGAAUAAGUUAAAAUCUCUUUCAAUGGCAAGCCAGCCUCGUUUACAGGUGCUAGCAGCCAGCAAAAAUAAAAUAUCAACUUUGAAAGGCUUCCCAUGCUUACCAGCACUUGAGCAUUUGCGUGUAGAGGAGAACCCCAUACUUAAGAUGUCUCAUCUGGAAGCUGCUUCUAUAUUGCUUGUUGGUCCAACCUUGAAAAAGUUCAAUGACAGGGAUCUUUCACGAGAGGAGAUAGCAAUUGCCAAGCGUUAUCCUUCACACACUGCCUUGUGCAUCCGAGGUGGGUGGGAACUGUGCCGUCCAGAACAGGCUGUAGAUUCUACGUUUAAGUUUCUGCUCGAACAGUGGAAAGAACAACUUCCUUCUGGAUACUUGCUUAAACAUGCUUCCGUGGACCAACCAUUUGAGGAAGAUGCUUGCUAUUGCCACUUUGAGUUUGUUAGAGAUGGUUCAUAGGAGACCGGACUCCUUCAAAUUUUACAGUAAUUUCCGGCGCAUGCAAAGAGAUCUACUUUCCCAAGAAUGAUGACAUUGGCAGAAUCUUGAAAGUGGAGUGUACCCCAAUACUCGGUGAUACUGAAUAUCCUACUAUUUUUGCAAUAUCUUCGCCAGUUUCUCCAGGCACUGGAAUCCCUAAGGUCAUGAAGAUUGAUGUACGUGGAGAGCUGGUGGAGGGAAACACAAUUAAAGGGUAUGUUGAGGUUGCAUGGUGUGGAGGAACUCCAGCGAAAGGUGUUGCUAGUUGGCUUAGGAGGCGGUGGAAUAGCAGUCCUGUUGUCAUUACUGGGGCAGAAGAAGAAGAGUAUCAGCUGACGCUAGACGACAUAGAUUCAUGUUUGGUAUAUAUGUAUACACCAGUUACUGAAGAAGGUGCCAAAGGGGAACCUCAAUAUGCAAUCACUGAUUAUGUAAAAGCAGCUCCUCCAUCUGUCACUGAUGUACAAGUUACUGGAGAUGCUGUGGAAGGAAAUACAAUCAGAGGGAUAGGCAAGUAUUUUGGAGGAAAAGAAGGCCCCAGCACAUUUGAGUGGUUGCGUGAGGAUAAGGAUACUGGAGAAUUUACCUUGGUGUUGACGGGUACAAACGAAUACACUCUGACAAAAGAAGAUGUUUUACGACGACUGACAUUUGUUUAUACACCUGUCAACUUUGAAGGGCAGGAAGGGAAGUCUAUGUCAGUAGUGUCCCAUACAGUUAAGCAGGCACCACCAAGAGUAACAAACAUUAAGAUAAUUGGUGAACUGAAGGAGGGAAGUAAGGUAACUGUGACUGGUAUUGUUACUGGAGGAAUGGAAGCGUCUAGUAGAGUUCAGUGGUUCAAGACCAGUUCUUCUACUUUUGAAGGUGAAAAUGGUCUUGAACCAUUAAGCACAUCCAAAAUUGCUAAGGCAUUUCGCAUACCUUUGGGAGCUGUUGGCAAAUACAUAGUUGCAAAAUUUACACCAAUGACUCCAGAUGGUGAAGCUGGUGAACCGGCUUAUGUGAUUUCUGAUACAGUUGUUGAGACUCUUCCCCCUAGUCUCAAUUUUUUGUCUAUAACUGGUGAUUACUCCGAAGGUGGAGUGUUGACAGCAUCAUAUGGUUAUAUUGGCGGUCAUGAGGGGAAGAGUAUCUAUAAUUGGUAUCUUCAUGAGGUGGAAAAUGACUUGGGUACUAUAAUACCUGAGGUUUCGGGUCUCCUUCAAUAUCGAGUUCCCAAAGAUGCCAUUGGUAAAUUCAUAUCUUUUACUUGUACUCCAGUGCGCAGUGAUGGUAUUGUAGGUGAACCAAGAACUUGUAUUGGACAAGAACGUGUUCGUCCAGGAAGCCCAAGACUGCUUUCUUUACAAAUUAAUGGAACGGCUAUUGAAGGCACUACUCUAAAUGUUGAAAAGAAAUAUUGGGGUGGUGAAGAGGGAGAGUCAAUUUACCGCUGGUUCCGGACUAGUUCAAAUGGUACUCACGGUGAAAUAAGUGGUGCAACUUCUUCAUCAUACAUGCUCUCUAUAGAUGAUAUUGGCUUCUUCAUAUCAGUUUCCUGUGAGCCCAUCCGAAAUGACUGGGCCCGUGGUCCUAUUGUCCUUUCUGAACAAGUUGGACCGAUUGUGCCUGGACCCCCAACAUGCUGGUCACUUGAAUUUCAUGGCUCCCUCGUUGAAGGAACGCAUUUAAGCUUCAUCGCUUCUUAUAGUGGAGGGUUGAAGGGAGAUUGCUUGUACGAGUGGUUCAGAGUGAAGGGCAAUGGUCUGCGAGAGAAACUUCAUGUUGGAGAAUUUCUAGAUUUAACUUUUAAUGAAGUGGGAGAUUGUGUGGAGCUUGUUUAUACACCUGUCCGUGCUGAUGGCAUGAAGGGCAGCCCAAAGACACUGGUUUCUCAUCCUGUUGCUCCUGGGGAUCCUCUAGGUGUUAAAUUGGUAGUUCCUGAUUGCUCUGAGGGCCAGGAAGUGGUCCCUGAAAAAAGGUACUUUGGAGGACAAGAAGGAGCUGGGAAGUAUAUUUGGUUCAGAACAAAGAAUAAGCUUCAUGAACCUGCCCUAAUGGAACUGGCAAAUAAUUGUGAAAAUGUUGAUAUACGUGGGCAGACAUUAACAUAUACUCCAUCUGUUGAAGAUGUGGGGACUUAUUUAGCAUUGUAUUGGGUGCCGACACGGUCAGAUGGGAAAUGUGGAAAGCCGGUGGUGUCAAUUUGUGAGUCUCCAGUUAUUCCAGCUGUUCCAGCAGUAUCUAAUGUUUGUGUGAAGAAGUUGUCUUCAAGCACCUAUUAUGGAGAAGGAGAAUAUUUUGGUGGAUAUGAAGGAGCAAGCUUAUUUAGCUGGUAUAGACAAUCUGAUGAUGGAAUGAUUGUUCUUACUGAAGGAGCUAAUUCUAGAACUUAUGAAGUCACAGAUGAAGAUUAUAACUACAGAUUGUUGUUUGGAUAUACGCCAGUUCGUUCAGAUUCAGUUGUUGGAGAACUUCGAUUAUCUGAGCCCAGUGACAUAAUUUUGCCAGAGUUGCCAAGAAUUGAGAUGCUAGCUCUCACUGGUAAAGCUGUUGAAGGAGAAGUAUUGACUGCUCUUGAAGUUAUUCCGAAGAGCGAAAAUCAACAGCUUGUUUGGGGAAAGUACAAGAAAGAAGUGAAGUAUCAGUGGUUUUUCUCAUCUGAAACUGAAAAGGAGAAGUCUUUUGAGCUUUUCCCAUCGCAGCGGUCUUGCUCCUAUAAAAUACGGUUUGAGGACAUUGGUCGCCAUUUGAGGUGUGAAUGCAUAGUUACUGAUGUGUUUGGAAGAUCAAGUGAGCCAGCAUAUGCUGAAACUUCUUCAGUUUUACCAGGAGUUCCUAGAAUGGACAAGCUGGAAAUUGAGGGUCGAGGUUUCCACACAAAUUUAUAUGCUGUACGUGGCAUUUAUAGUGGGGGAAAGGAAGGGAAAAGUAGGAUUCAGUGGCUUAGAUCAAUGGUGGGAAGUCCUGACCUCAUCUCUAUUCCUGGGGAGACAGGAAGGAUGUACGAGGCAAAUGUUGAUGAUGUAGGCUACAGGUUAGUUGCUAUUUACACACCGGUAAGAGAUGAUGGAAUUGAGGGACAACCCGUUUCUGCAUCAACGGAUCCAAUUGCAGUUGAGCCUGAUGUUCAUAAAGAAGUGAAGCAGAAGCUGGAUCUUGGAUCAGUGAAGUUUGAGGCCCUGUGCGACAAGGAUCGGGCUGCUAAAAGGGUUCCUGGAAUGGGAAGUCUUGAGAGAAGAAUCCUGGAAGUGAAUAGAAAAAGAGUCAAGGUUGUAAAACCUGGUUCCAAGACCUCAUUUCCAACGACAGAAAUUCGUGGAAGUUAUGCUCCACCAUUCCAUGUUGAGCUAUUCCGAAAUGAUCAACAUCGUCUUAGGAUUGUUGUUGACAGUGAGAAUGAAGUAGAUUUGAUGGUACAGACCCGACAUCUCCGUGAUGUCAUUGUCCUUGUGAUCAGAGGGCUUGCACAGCGUUUCAACAGUACAUCACUGAACACUCUUCUCAAAAUAGAGGCAUAACGCUGUGUUAUUUUGUUAGAGAUACCAUGUGGUUUUUUUAUUUUCUUGCCUUUUUCCUCUCCUUUUUAUUGAGUGGGAGGGAUUAAGGUUGGAAGCAUCUGCUUCCUGAUUAUUGUUAUCGCAAGUAGUAUGGUUGUAUGAAUUUUCUCUUGGAGAGGGGUUUGGUGUGGUUAUUUGUUUGAAUAAUUACUGUCCCAAUGAUAUUUUCUUUCUUUAUUGCGUAAUGUAUAGAAACUCCAGCUCGCCAGCUGUAUAAUACUUUGCUA